AUGUCGGAAGAUGAAGCACCACAGGAGAAGCUAAGUGACGGUGAGGGUGAUGAUGAAAUCAAAUUGCAGUUUCAAUACUUAACCCAUGAUCCAAAUGUGAAAUGGAACAAUAUGAAGCCAGUUUGCGGGGAGAGGUAUGAAUCACCACACCAACUAAAUCUUUGUUUGACAAAUUACUCUAUAAGUAGGGUUUAUCAAAUUAGGUUCAAGAAAUGUGAUAGUGUAAGGCUCGUGGCUUUAUGUGCAAGUGACCCUGAGAAAUUUCAAUGUCCCUUUGUUGUAAGGGCCUCAUGGAUGAGCAUUGAAAGAUCAUUCCAAAUCAAAAAACUGGUUGAGCAACAUACUCGUGUUAGGAAUUUCCGUAGUGCUAAUCUUAUGGAUCCCACAUGA